CUCGCCGGCUGCACCAUGGCGGAAGCGGAGGAGCAGGAAACGGAGUCUCUCGAAGAAUCUACGGACGAGUCUGAGGAAGAAGAAAGCGAGGAGGAGCCCAAACUGAAGUAUGAAAGGCUUUCCAAUGGGGUAACUGAGAUCCUUCAGAAGGAUGCGGCCGGCUGCAUGACUGUCCAUGACAAGUUUUUGGCACUGGGCACACAUUACGGCAAGGUCUAUUUACUCGACGUCCAGGGGAACAUCACUCAGAAGUUUGAUGUAAGUCCCGUGAAGAUAAAUCAGAUUAGCCUGGACGAAAGUGGAGAGCACAUGGGUGUGUGUUCCGAGGACGGCAAGGUGCAGGUGUUUGGACUAUAUUCUGGAGAAGAAUUUCAUGAGACUUUUGACUGUCCCAUUAAAAUCAUUGCCGUGAACCCGCAUUUUGUGAGGUCCAGCAGCAAGCAGUUCGUGACUGGAGGGAAGAAGUUGCUGCUGUUUGAACGUUCUUGGAUGAGCAGAUGGAAGUCUUGUGUUCUGCACGAAGGGGAAGGGAACAUAAGGAGCGUGAAGUGGAGAGGCCAUCUGAUCGCUUGGGCCAAUAACAUGGGCGUGAAGAUUUUUGACGUCACCUCAAAGCAGAGAAUCACCAAUGUGCCCCGGGAUGAUAUAAGUCUCCGCCCGGAUAUGUAUCCCUGUAGCCUCUGCUGGAAGGACAGCGUGACGCUGAUUAUUGGCUGGGGGACUUCAGUCAAGAUCUGCUCAGUGAAGGAGCGGCAUGCCAGUGAAAUGAGGGACUUGCCAAGUCGCUAUGUUGAAAUAGUGUCUCAGUUUGAAACCGAAUUCUACAUCAGUGGACUUGCGCCUCUCUGUGACCAGCUCGUCGUUCUUUCCUACGUCAAGGAGGUUUCGGAAAAAACGGAGAGAGAAUACUGUGCCAGGCCUCGACUAGAUAUCAUCCAGCCGCUGCCUGAAACCUGCGAGGAGAUCUCUUCUGACGCUCUCACUGUGAGAGGCUUUCAGGAGAAUGAGUGCAGAGAUUAUCAUUUAGAGUACUCGGAGGGGGAGUCGCUCUUUUACAUUGUGAGUCCAAGAGACGUUGUUGUAGCCAAGGAACGGGACCAAGAUGACCACAUUGACUGGCUCCUUGAAAAGAAGAAAUAUGAGGAAGCUUUGAUGGCAGCUGAAAUCAGCCAGAAGAACAUUAAAAGACAUAAGAUUCUAGACAUUGGCUUGGCCUAUAUAAACCACCUGGUGGAGAAAGGAGAGUAUGACAUAGCAGCACGCAAAUGCCAGAAAAUUCUUGGGAAAAAUGCAGCACUCUGGGAAUAUGAAGUUUAUAAAUUUAAAGAGAUUGGACAGCUUAAGGCUAUCAGUCCUUACCUGCCAAGGGGAGACCCAGUUCUGAAGCCACUCAUCUAUGAAAUGAUCUUACAUGAAUUUCUGGAAAGUGAUUAUGAGGGUUUUGCCACUCUGAUCCGAGAAUGGCCAGGAAAUCUGUACAAUAAUUCAGUAAUAGUCCAAGCAGUUCGGGAUCACCUGAAGAAAGACAGUCAGAAUAGGACCCUACUCAGAACCCUGGCGGAACUGUACACCUACGACAAAAAUUAUGGCAAUGCUCUGGAAAUAUACUUAACAUUAAGACAUAAAGAUGUUUUCCAGUUGAUCCACAAGCAUAACCUUUUCAGUUCUAUCAAGGAUAAAAUUGUUUUAUUGAUGGAUUUUGAUUCUGAGAAAGCCGUCGACAUGCUUUUGGACAAUGAAGAUAAGAUUUCAAUUAAAAAGGUCGUAGAAGAAUUAGAAGACAGACCAGAGUUGCAGCACGUGUAUCUGCAUAAGCUUUUCAAGAGAGACCAUCAUAAGGGGCAGCGCUACCAUGAAAAGCAGAUUAGCCUUUAUGCUGAAUAUGAUCGACCAAACUUACUUCCCUUUCUCCGAGAUAGUACCCAUUGCCCGCUUGAAAAGGCUCUAGAGAUCUGUCAACAGAGGAACUUCGUAGAAGAGACCGUUUAUCUUCUGAGCCGAAUGGGCAAUAGCCGAAGCGCCCUGAAGAUGAUUAUGGAGGAACUGCAUGAUGUUGAUAAAGCGAUUGAAUUCGCCAAGGAGCAAGAUGACGGAGAGCUCUGGGAAGAUCUGAUUUUGUAUUCCAUCGACAAACCGCCAUUUAUUACUGGCUUGUUAAACAACAUUGGCACGCAUGUGGACCCAAUCCUCCUGAUUCAUCGUAUUAAGGAAGGAAUGGAGAUUCCCAAUUUGAGAGAUUCCUUGGUUAAAAUUCUGCAAGACUACAAUUUGCAAAUCCUGCUUCGUGAAGGCUGCAAGAAGAUUCUCGUAGCCGACUCUUUGUCUUUACUGAAGAAAAUGCACCGGACUCAAAUGAAAGGCGUCCUGGUGGAUGAGGAAAACAUCUGUGAGUCGUGCCUUUCCCCUAUUCUUCCUUCAGACGCCGCCAAGCCCUUCAGCGUGGUGGCCUUCCACUGCCGGCACAUGUUCCACAAAGAGUGCCUGCCCGCGCCCAGCGUGAGCUCGCCCGCACAGUUCUGCAACAUCUGCAGAGCCAAGCACCGCGGCCCCGGAAGUGCCAUCUUGGAGAUGAAGAAAUAGCCUGGCCCCUCCUCCCCGCGCUCUGAGACGGUGUCUGCAGCAGGGGCGGCGUUCGUGGACACCAGCGCUGUUCAGGGUUGUGCGUGUUCAUGGUGUGUGGCCCUGGGCCCGCCUGCUCGAGGCUUCUCUCUGCAGGUGCGGAAGCUGGGAUUUUCCCCAUUCCUGGCUGGGUUUGCUUUUCAGGACCAGAAAGAAGUGUGAGAGUUGGAAAUGAAUUUCUAGGUCCCAGCGGGACUGCGUGGCCAGCGCCGGGCAGCUGUUGCCACGGGCUCUGCUGACCAGCCCUCACCGGCUGGGGCGGCGCUUCGUGUGUGUCAGCCGCUGUGCUUAUCUUAUCAGUAGGCGUUUACUGAAACACUGUGUAAAUCGUCACUUAGCCCGCGCAGCUGGGAGGAGUCCCACGAGCAGCCGGCAUCCUGCUGUUUCACGUUGACGCACCGCGCCUUCUGUGUCCUGAUGACCAGCGGGGUCUGGCCCUGCAGGCACUCUGUGUUUGUUGACUGAAUAAAUGUUCGCUCUUGCCACUGUGAAA